AUGGCUGGGCAAUCAGUGUCUACUACACCAACUCACGGCAGUUUAAGCGUGCAACACAAUACAACUUCUUCAACUGCGUCCGCAGCAGUCGCAAGUCCCUCAGCACCGGCUAGACCUUUAGCGUUAAAUACAGCAGCCCCAACUCCCCGUGCGAGAUGGUGGACAUCCGCCCGCAAGCACGUAACAACAGAUCGAUUGAGCUUAGCAACUGCUUUCCUGGGUCUGGGUCUCGCAGUCUACUUUUUUGUUGCACCAUACACACUCGCAAAGGCCUCCUUGGCUGCCGCCGAGAAGGCUAACAAGAUAACGCUGUGGAAAGAUUGUCGAGACCGAGAGGACUUGAGAACCUCGGAAUUAUGUCAGCAAUAUUUGAAUGUAACUCUUGGUUCAAUUGUCAAGCGGUACGCCUCUGAUAUGUGGGCCCAAGUUAAAGAGGCUAACAGCAAACCACUUCGGGACUGGUCCUCAUCUACCACAACGAACAACUUGCAAUUCGGUCCUGUUUUCAAACUCACAUGGCUCGCAGUUAACCUUUGCGCUCUAUAUACCCGCUUCCGCAGCAUGAAUUGGCGACCUGAGGCCUGGCACGGUACUGCAAAAUAUGUCUCUGUUUCCGGUGUCAUUGUCUGGUUCACAGCAUGCCUCAAUGCUCUAACGCUCUCCGGUGCCGCCGCAUUAAUAGCACAGCCGCUUGGUUCCACUGUAGGUUCUGCCUGGGUGGCGAGAAUCGCUAUUCUAUUCAUAAAGAGACUAUUUGUCUCAUUGAUGGGCUGGGCACUAUUGCGCCGUGCAUGCUGGUAUAGUGGUCUCAAGAUCGCGCCUGAGGUCAACUAUGAGCCUCCAGGGUUUCCGAAGCUUAACUUUGCAAUCCUUAUCACAGCUGCUGGAAUGUCAUUGUACAUGUUCUGGAUCCUCGUUCCUCUGGCCCAUACCGCCGAAUGGCAGAGUAUGUUCGAAUGGAAAGUAUCACUAUUUCUGAUAGGAGCAAAACAGACGGGCGCUCUUUUCGGACAAUGGAUGGAAGACCUUGCGAUGGGUAAAGGAGGUAAUCACGAUGUCGAAAGUGUCAUUCAAGAACGCAGAGAGCGCGAUGCAAGAGAAGUGUUCUCAGCAGACUAUGAUUCUCUGUAUGAGGCAGUGCUCGGCGUUUGGCGUGUCAUUGCUGGUGUGAUCUGGGGUGUGGAUGCGAGCCGACGCCAUCCACCGGGCUAUUUGAAGCAUAUAAAGGAGGAUUGA